GGACUGCAGAUGGAAAGUUCGUUGUAUGACAUUAGCUAAAUUGGGUACAUUAGUUUUAGUAGGCCUACUUGGCUCCUGACCUGACAAAUACAUGUAGGCUAAUAAAAGACCACAUUCUUACACUAAACAUAACUUUAACCCCAACCCACCCCAAUUGAAUUCAAUGACCGAACGUUAGAUUUAAUGUAAAAAAGGGUCACUGACAAACCACAGUAACAGUAUAGCUAACGUUAACGUUACUGGUCAGUCUUAUCUUCUUACCAUGCUUACCGGACAGAAGUUUUCAGCAAACAGCUACGGUGCUCAGCUAGCUAACUUCCAAGCACCAGGGGGCAGAUAGCAAGUAUGCUAGGUGGUGAAGCUAAUUGCUAUCUGUGCUAAUUUAGCACGCUAAAAAGCCAGUCAUUGCCCUCAGAAGUCCAAAACAAACCUAAAAAAGAAAGAAAGUGAAUACUGGAUUUACAGUUGUCAGCGGGAGCCAACAGUGCGUAUGGUUGCUGUCUCCCACCCUCCUCCGCUCCGCUAUAUUAGUGUCAGUAAGGGAGGUCAGAUCACUGUCUGGAACAGCAGCCUACACAUCCUUAAAACUCUAGGGCUUGCUGGAGACCCAACAGAGCAAGUUGCCAACACGAGGAGAUUUAGAGGUUGGACCACUGAUGCUGUCUAUAUGGGCAAUGUCCACAAGGUUGCUAUAGCAACUGACUGCAGGGACUUGCACUUUGUGAAUGUCGCCAUGGGCAGUGUAUUUGAGGAUGUCCACCUGUUUGGGUUCCGUAGUGUCCCGAGUGCACUUUGUUACUGGCAUGAUGUUCAGUGUCCAGAGCGACCCUCUCUGCUGCUACUGGGGGAUGAAAAAGGAGGAGUCCACCUCAUGUGGUUCCUGAAUCCAUCUAAAGGACUUUUCAAGAAUCCAUCCAAGGCAGAGAAUGGCCCACAGAGGAUCUUUUUCCCAGACCUCGGUGAACACAGCAACAUGGUGUCCUACCGUCACAUCCCUAACAUCCACCAGGAACCAAUCAACAGAGUGAUGUUUGAGCCCAGCGCCAACGUCAUCAUGACAUCAUCAGAAAGUGACACAACCUCUGUGGUUUUUAUUAAUGUGACACUAAAGCAGGAGCCUUAUGUUUGGUCAUUUAAGCAGGGGGCUAAAUGUUUUGACUACAAUGCCUCUCUGCAGUUGAUGGUCACAGGAGGUUGUGACCGAGCAGUCAGAUUGUGGACUCGAUUUGUGACCACACGUCCCAUAGCUACGCUGCUGGGUCACUGCACCACUGUGUUGGAUGUUGCAAUCUACCAACCUGUUGGGCAGAUCUUUAGCUACUCCAGAGAUGCUGAGCUGAGGGUUUGGGACAUUUCCAGCCAUCACUGUCUGAAAACCAUCUGCCUGCAGUUCCCAUGCCAACAGCCGGGUCGAAUCCCAGAACACGGCAACUUCCCCUUCCUGUUGCUGGGCCCUCCUCUUCCUGAGCACACACAGUCUCAUAUAGUGGUGGGAUGCAAAGAUUACCUGGCACUGCUCAACCUCGCUGAAACGAGAAGAGGAGGAGGCGGAUGGUUGACAGAUGAAGGAAAGGAAACUGGACCAAACAUCCAAAGUGGUCCUGCCCUCUCCUGUGCUCUGUAUAACUCCGCUCUGAGACAGGUGGCGACGGGACAUGCCGACUCAUCUGUGUCUCUGUGGGACGUGGCGUCGGGGAGGAGGCGGCUUCAGAUCCUAAACGCUCAUGGAGAAGAUGAGCUCACCUGCAUGGCACUGGACUCCUCCCACAGAAGACUGAUCACUGGGGCUCGGAAUGGCACUAUUAAGGUGUGGAACUUACUAAACGGCCUAAACUUGCACAAACUGGAGCCCGUCACCAACUCUGAGGUCACCGGGUUGACCUGUCUCCAUGACAACCAGCUGCUGGCUGUGGGGUGGAGCCAGCGGGUCGCUCAGUAUGACAUCGCAGCUGCCAAGGAUUUGUAUGUAAGAGCAGACCUGUCGUGGAAGUCCAGCGGCGUUCACAAGUCAGACAUCUUGGCUGUGUGUCAGUGCUCUGCUCUGGGGGUUGUUGCCACGGCGAGCCAUGAUGGAGAGGUUGUUAUCUGGAGGCUGGAGACGCAAGGACCAGUGCUUCACCUACAGAGACCGACACAGAGAGGAGCGGUGCCCCCUGUGGAUAGCCUCUUCUUCCUGCAACAUCGGGCUGUCAACAGGAAGUUGAGAAACAGAGGUGUCCUGGUCUCAUCUCAGGAUGGCUUUCUCUGCUUUUGGAGCAUUACUGGACAGACGCACACAUAUGGCCAGUUCUAUGCUCCAGAGCAGCCAGGUGAGCGUGUGCUGAGCCUGAGCUCAGAUCAGCCUAAAAACACCAUCCUAGUCUCUGGAGACACAACUGGAUGGCUACAGAUCUGGGACAUCUGUCACUAUGCACUGGACGUCCAGCACAAGCCAGAUUGUGAGCGGCCUCCUCUGCUGCAGUGUUGGAAGGCUCACGAGAGAGCGUUAGUAAGUGUGGAAGUCCUGGAGGUUGCCGACAGAUUGUUUGUCCUCACAGCCUCAGCUGACGGCUCUGCUGGACUGUGGACAAAGGACGGAGAUCAUGUGGGUUCUUUCGGGCAGGAAGUGAUGUGGACUAUCACUGAGCCAGCUACUUACCAGAGGAAGAUGCAAAAGAAACUGCCAGGAGACACGGGUGAGACAACUGAAAGUGUUGAAACGGGGCUCAGCAAGGCCAAAAGUCAAGUACCUAGCCCAACCAAAAGGGGUCAAACUUCAGAGGAAGAAUGCUGUUCUGAAGGCAAUCAUUUAUUGCAAACAGCUUCAUCCGCCAGCCCAGCGGAGAAUGACCACGAGCAACCUCAGCAACCCAUGACUCUGGUCCUGCAGGGGACUUUCGCACUGAUUCCUGGAUCCUUUCCCUUCUCUCCUCCUCCUGCUGGCUUGAUAAAUACCUGAUCUUUGUUCUGUUGGUGCCCAGUGACUUGCAAUAACAAAUUGUUCAUCUAUUUUUUAUGUACUUCUCUGUUGUUCAAAAAGAAUGCCCAAAAUGUAAAACUUAAAUAAAUAGUUUGGAUGUGA